CCUGUUUCAAACUAAGUGUCACAUGAAUGAAUCAGUUUCGGGAGAAAUUUCAAUUCUUUACAUCAACUGACUGAAAAUGAAAGUGGCGAUAAUCGGUGCUGGACCUUGCGGGUUGACGUCGAUAAAAUGCUGUCUUGACGAAGGCUUGGAGCCGGUUUGUUUCGAAAAAGGGACGGAUUUAGGCGGUUUGUGGCGUUUUACAACGACUGAACCAGAUCAUGCUAGUGUGUACAAGGCUUGCGUUAUGGUCACAAGUAAAGAAAUGUCAUGUUUUAGUGACUUUCCAAUCCCUAAGGGUUACCCCUUGUAUCUCCCUCACGACUUAGCGAAGGCUUACCUCAACCAGUAUGCAGACAACUUCGAUCUUCGUCCCUACAUUUCGUACAACAGCAAAGUCCUGAAAGUCACCCACAGUCAAAAAGCGAAUAAAAACCAUUGGAAGAUCACAUACGAGCAACGAAAGAUCCAUGAUGACUCAACGGAAAGUACAGAGACGUUCACACAGGUUUUUGACGCCGUUCUGGUUUGCUCUGGGCAUCAUUGGGAGGCAAAUAUCCCAGAGUUACCUGGUGCAGAUAAAUUUCACGGUGAAAUUAUGCACAGCAGUAGUUUUAAAGAAGCGAAACAUUUUUAUGGAAAAAAUGUGCUGGUUGUAGGUAUUGGUGAUUCUGCCCUUGCUAUAGCAACAGAGCUUAGUCAGGUGGUGAAAAAAGUUUACCUCAGCACAAGGCGUGGCUCGUGGAUCACAUCAAGAAUUCAAGCAUUCGGCAUGCCCAGUGAUCAAUUUUUACACAGACGAUUUUUCUUCAACCUGCCCCGAAGACUACUUGAUACGGCUUGCAUGAAUUUGGUGAACUUGAAGUUUGAUCAUGGCGAUUUUGGUUUAUUGCCUAACAACACAUUCUUGCAACAACCACCGGUAGUUAACGACUUUUUACCCUAUAAAGUCAUCAGUGGAGCGGUCCUGAUGAGACCUGAUAUUUCAACACUGACUGACAAGGAUGUGAUAUUUGUUGAUGGGUCCGUGGCGUUGGACGUUGACGUGAUCAUCCUAGCAACGGGAUAUAACUACUCGUUUCCAUUCCUCGACGAAGAUAUGGUAGAAUUCAAGCACAAGUCACCUCUGAUGUACAAACACAUGUUUCGAGUGGAGGAGAACCCGAGCAUUGCUUUCAUAGGGUGCCUGCAGCCGGUCGGGUGUAUGUUCUCCGUGGCCGAACUCCAAGCACGACUGGCAACCAGAGUUUUCAAAGGUCUGGUCAAACUACCAAGCACGGAAGAUAUGGAACAAGAUAUUGCCGAAAACUUGGCACGGCUGGAGAACGAGAGUUAUGACGCAAAGAAACAUGCCACAGCGGUGUAUUACAUCCCGUAUUGCAACAGUCUAGCUGAAAUUAUAGGCUGUAAGCCUCGUCUGGGAGCGAUGUUAUUGACCGACCCCCACCUGGCGCUUCGCUGUUACUUCGGGCCAUGUUCGCCACCCCAGUAUCGGCUCAGAGGACCUGGAGCCUGGAGCGGAGCUAGACGAGCGAUCAUGGAGAUACAAGAGAGAAAUAUCGCGCAGAUGAAAAAGGAAGUCCCGGGAACCAAUUAUGUGAAACUUAUUAUCACGAUUGUUGCUGGGCUAUUGUUCCUGUACUUCAUGUUAACUCACAUAUUAUAUUAGUACAUCUGUACAUUCCGAGAAAAUUAUCUACCAUUAUUAUGGUUAGCAGUAAUUACAUCCCAAAACAACAGAAAUUCUUGCGUGA